ACAGCAGUAAUGGCAGUUUAGGUAGUUCCAUCGACAGACUACAAGAGUCUAUGAAAUUUUUCUGUAGCCGCGAUCCCCAUCAGCUCUUUGAACGUGUCGAAACUCAAGCAAGAGAGUACAUACUGGAAGUGAAGUUGAGACUAAUGGAAAAAUUGUCAUUGGGAACAAGUACCGUACAGUCGGGAAGAGAUUUUCUAAGAACGUUGACUGAAGAGUACUGGUCUCUGUGUGUUGCUAUGGAGACACUGGUUGAUAUCUUGUCACCUCUGGAGACUGAGUAUUUGUGCAGGGUUGGUGUGACGGUGGAGCUGUUGAACAAGCAUCUCUUCUAUGAUCUAGUGUUUACUGACGUCACUGUCAAUGACGCGAUGAGAGCAGUUGUUCAGGCUAUGAGUGCCAAUCAGGAUUCUAGUAACUCUGAACCAAUGCUUCUCGAACAGUUUAGUCGGUUUGAGAGGGAAAUGUAUCGAGCAGACAGAGAAUGGAGAAAUGUGAAGUUACCUGGAAAGGGUCAUGAUAAAGGCAGAUCGAUUCUUCAACGCCUGACAGAAAGGAAGAGUGAAUUAGGUGACUGCACUGGCUCUAUGUCGUCAUCUAUGGAACUUUCGCUUAUUGAGAAACGAAGAUCAAAGUCUGAUGAACCAAUAGCACAAAACAAGUACAAGCAGCUUUUUCUUUCAGAUGAAAAAGAGAGAUUGCUUGGCAGAGAUAUGUUGGAUGCAGACUGUCCUGGAAGUCCUCCAUCAUUCGAAGAACAUUUUACAUUUAUGUGGGACUUGUACUUGGAUCGGGAGAGAUACGAAAACGACAUGUCUCCACAGUUUCAGUUGGCUCAACGAAUGUCUUUGGACUGUGAUGACAAUAAUCCUAUUUUUAGGCUGAUGAUGACAAGAAAGUUGGGUGCACUAAGUCGAGUUCAACAACGAGAAUUGGCUGACGAAGUGUUGCAGAAGGUUUUAAGCAGAAAGACAACUCUUCUUGAAGAUACCUUAAGACCCCGGUCAGUGGCAUCUGAUGCAUUUGUGUAUACUGGUCCUGUACGGCAGUUUGUUGGCUGUGUGGAUGCAUCAGAGUGUCGAUGUCCAAGCUGUGCUCAGACCAGAUGUAUGUGUGAACGGUGCAAAGAUGCUCGGAAGAGCAUUGAAUAUGUUUCAUCAACAUCUGGUCGAACAAAGACUGGGAAGUCAUCGAAGUCAAAUCGAAAGAAAAGAAAGGGUGCUGGUACUGGUGGUGUCACUAACCAGUCUACAACACUGACUGUACCCAAAGGAGGUUGCUCUUGUGAUGGUGUGUCUAUGAAUGGUAUCGGUCGUUUCUGGGAAAUGAAGAACAGAGAGAGCGUUCUUGCCCUUGACAGCAAACUGUCAUUUCGAUCGCCAUGUCAAUGUCCGGCGUGUGAAAUGGCACGUGAGAAGCACCAGCAUUGUUUUGAUACUUCUAUUCCUGAAACGAUGAACAGCAUGGCUCGAGCUAUCGAGUCAGGCAACACAGGAUCACCUACAAAUCUGGCAUCGUAUACUCCACCGGUGUCACCAUCUGUUACUGUUCCUCCAAGCAGUCCACAUCCAUCGUGUAACGAUCAGUCAUCAGAAGAUUAUUCUAGUCAUGCUCGUUCUAGCAGCCCAUUGCCACCACUCGAGAGUCAAUCGGAUGAGACAAGCUCUGUCUGUUCUCUGGGAGUUGACUAUCCGUAUAACAGUAUGUCUGACAGCAGAGGAGUAGAUCCAUCUUUUGGAGUCAAUCCUUCGAGUGGGAUGAAUUCAUACUCAAUGGGCACGAAUUCUACUUCUAGUGGGUCACGUUCCGGAGGCAAGCACUGCAACUGUUAUUAUUGUGAGUUAUUUGGUCACGGGCAAGGCAUUACAGCACCAACCAGUCAUAAUUUCACGCAAGUAAGGGACAAGCUUCGACAGAGAUUGAACCAGAGAAAGCCUUCUCACCAAGGAGGACAAGAGCAUGAAGACAGUGUGCCUGGGCAUGAUGUGACAGACACAGAUGACAAAGAUGCUAGAACAGUGGAGGAAUUGGUUUCAUUCAUUACUGGUGAUGAAAAGCAGGGAAAGAAGCAACAGGGAAAGGCUGACAAGAGAUCCAGGCAGAAACAGAAGAAGGCCGAAGCUAAAGCUAAACGAAGUACUGGAAACAAGAAGAAGACACUUUCUGAAAAUCUAAACAAUUAUCAUGAGGAGCCUUUGAAUCAUACGUGGGACAGUUCAAUGGAAGCGAUAUUUAAGCAUGUGAAUGGACCUACUUCUAUCGAUGGCUACGCAUGGUCAGAACAGGAUCUUGAACACGACUCUGCUAACGACACUGGAUCAACCAACUCACACACAACUGAGAGACUUUCUCUCAGCAAUGGCUCGACAGUCAUGGGACACGGUGAAGACAAUAAUUAUCACCACAUGGCAGGUAGUCUGGACGAUGAAGUGCCAAGCGAUGGAAUCGGAUUAGACGAUGACGAAGAUUCAGUAGAUGAAUUUGAGAAACGGCUCGAGGAAUUUCGAAAAUUUUGCUUCGACAGUGCUCCACAGAAGAAGAAGUUGUCGGUGAAUCUUGACAGUCUGACGUUGAAGAAAAAGUCGCAGAAGCCGUGAUGGCUUGCGCAUCUGUGCUAUGGCUUGCGCAUCUGUGCUAUGUAUUGCACUGGGCGAUCUACUCGGUGCUCAACCUUUUGCAUUUUGCACUUCUUGCAUUUAUCUGUACGAAUGAAUCUUGUUUCUUACUUGCUUGUUGAUCAAGUUGGAUGUUAUUGGAUAACAAGCAAUUUGUCAAUAUUCAGCCCGACAAUUUUUUGGUUUUUUCAUCCUAAAGGGCAAAAAUUAGCGCGCGCUAUGUGGUAAUUAUGCAGUACGUACGUAUAAGGGCAUCAAUUAGCGCGCGCUAUAAAGGUUUGGAGUGACUUUGCAAAGCGUAAUUCGCUUGACUAGACAUACUUAGGCUAAAUUAGCCAUUCU